UACCAGACACCAGUCUGUGUCGUCAUCGUGGCUAUGUUAAAUGUUUACAGUUUCCCGAGGACAUAGCAUAAGCAUUGUUUACUUUAACUGAGCGUUAAUCGUUUAAGUUUAUAAUAUAAAAUGAAGUGAUUAAAUCUUCCUUUUAAUACAAACUGCAUUUUAAUAAGCCAAGACAAUGUUUUCGAAGAUUCUGAGAACAUCGAACAAAUCGUUGAGGGUGUUGCAGAAUGGUUCCGUGUGUAGUGUUAGUAUACGGAACCAAAGUGUUUGGACGCAAGAAGGAGUUAUCAAAUCUCCAUACAAAACCGUAGAGAUACCAAAGUACACAUUGUACCAUUAUGUAUGGCAUAAUUUGGAUAAAUGGCCCCAAAGAACCAUGGCGGUUUGCGCAGAAACUGGGAGAGGAUACACAUAUGAGCUAGCGUUUAAAUUAUCUCAUACGUUUGCUGCGAAUCUUCGAAAAAAGUUGAAAAUACGAGAUGGUGAUACAGUGAUGAUUAUGUUACCAAAUGUGCCCGACUUUCCUCUAGUUGCGAUGGGUAUUCUAGAAGCUGGUGGAGUCAUAAGUACAGUCAAUCCAGUUUAUAAGCCACAGGAGGUCCAAAGACAGCUACUUAUGUCUGAAGCCAAGGCCAUAGUGACGCUACCUGAACUCACUAACGUUGUCAAAGAAGCUAUAAAGAUAGCAAAAGUCAAUAUACCUAUAAUAGUCGUCAAAACUAACGGAGAACCGAUCCCAGAAGGAACUAUCGCUUUUAAUGAAUUAAGUGAGGACGUUCAUGUAGAUUUAACGUGUUUGAAAGAAGUUAGAAGAGAUUACAAGGACAUUUGCUUUUUACCAUAUUCAAGCGGGACUACAGGACUGCCGAAAGGAGUAGAAUUAACACAUAGGAACAUUGUGGGUAACUGUGAACAGUUUAAUAACCCAAUAAUAAGAUGUCACGAGGACACUACAGAGACACAUCAAGACGUGGUCCUGGCGGUGCUUCCUUUUUUCCACAUCUAUGCCGCCACGGCGUUAAUGUUUCACAAGAUGAGUCAGGGCAUCAAGUUGGUGACAUUGGCGAGGUUUCAGCCUGAGGUCUUUCUACACACGAUCGAGAAUUAUAAGGUUAACUGGCUGUUCGUUGCACCACCAUUGGUACUUCUCAUGACAAACCAUCCGCUAGCGUCGCCCAAAAUUUACCGACACGUAAAUAGCGUUAUCAACGGCGCGGCGGGAAUGGCUGCCACUGAUGUCGAGAGGUUUUUGGAUAAAGUUCAGCGCAACAUUCGUUACAACCAAGGAUACGGUCUAACGGAGACCUCACCAUGCGUAGCUUUGGGUCACAAGGAUAUUAAAGAUUACGACGUCAUUGGUAAUGCCGUACCCAACACUGAGCUGAGGAUUGUUGAUAUGGAACUUAAAAAUUUAGGCCCUAAUCAGAUGGGUGAGCUAUUAGUCAAAGGGCCCCAAGUUAUGAAAGGCUAUAGGAACGAUCCUGAAGCCAAUGCGGACGCGUUCACUGAAGAUGGCUUUUUCAGAACAGGCGACUUGGCCACGGCAGAUGAAAAUGGAAUACUCAAAGUUUGCGAUAGAUUAAAAGAGUUGAUUAAGGUAAAAGGUUUCCAAGUCCCUCCAGCGGAAUUAGAAGCUGUACUCCGAGAUCACCCAGCGGUCAGCGAUGCAGCAGUUAUAGGAGUGCCUCACAAUACAAAAGGGGAAUCACCAAAAGCCUUCGUGUCUCUUAAACCUGGAAAAAGUGCUAGUGCCAAAGACCUCUGUGAUUUCGUCGCCGAUAAAGUGGCGUCUUACAAACGGAUAGACGACCUUUUGAUAAUAGAUAGUAUACCAAGGUCUUCCGCGGGGAAGGUCUUGAGAAAAGAUCUGAAAGACAAGUAUUGUUAAGUUUGUUGUUAUCUAGAAAACGAUAAAGUAUACCUAUAUGCUCAGACCAAUUAUUGUAUAGGACCUGCCUUGCUAGACGUUACUUUUCUGUCAAAGUAUAUGAUCUACGAUCUAAUGCGAUUAUAAAAACUGUCUCUAUAGUAUCUAUGUUUCAUAGCUGUAAUCGUAUUAGUGUAAUACGCACCACAAAUAAUUAAAAAGAAUAUUUGACUUUGGGGAAUUAAUGCAAUAAGGCUUUAUUACCCUAUACUUUAAUUUACUCUUUGGGCUUUAUGGACAAUGGUGCAAUAGAGACCCGGGGUUAAUAUCUGUUGGAAUAAUAAUUUGAGUAACUAUUAAACAUUGUUGUGAGCCCAAGAAUUGAUAAUUGCAGAAAAAUAUACAAGCGACUACAAAAUUAAAUGUAAUCAUUUUAGUAAGUAAGACUAUAAUGUAUCUUUUAUGUAUAUAAAUAAGUACAGACGUUUACAAUCAGCGAAAUCGAAUAAAGAAACAGUAAAAAAUAAAAAUAAGGUAAAGUUUAAUCCCUAACAAUCGAAUCUAAUGAUUAAUGAAAAUUAUAAAAUGGGUGCUAUAUUAUUAUAAAAAUCAAAUUAAUUAUUUUUAUAUAUGUUUUGUUUAUAAAAGACUUUAUAUGCUGUUAUGACUUAUUAAGAAUAUUUUUGUAUAUAAUCUAUAGGACUAUAUAUAACUUUCUAAAAGAAGGGCUCAAUAAAUGUCUGAAAAAAUAAAAU